UUUAAAACAUUAGUAAGCCAAAGAGAGGUUGAUGCAUACAAAUUCUUUAAGACUUCAGAAAAUAUGAUUGGAUAUGAGAGUUUAAAUGGUACACUUGGAAUUCUGGACCUAACUUUUGAUGUCUUAUUAAAUCAGAAUGAAACAGAUUUCGAUAAAGAGAGAAAACGAGAUGUACCUAUUUAUCUACACAAAGAUCACUUCGUUCUUGUGGUUACAAUAACUCUGCUUGGAAUAAUAGGAAAUGUACUCACAUUGGUGAAGCUCACGUGGGACAAAAAUUUCCAAGGUACCGUAUUUGUUGUUAUUAGAACUAUAAUAUUCACAGAUGUCGUAAAUUUGCUUCUAUACGUUGCUCAUGCUGGAUUCAAGUUUGGUAACUUUCGUCUUGAAAAAGUUCCAUGUGCCACUUUUUUGGUCAUAUUUUACGGUAUUGCCCAUGCCUCUGCGGCUCACGUGGUUUUUCUGUUUGGACUUCGAUGCUAUAUGGUGUCGGAGCCGAUAAAAUUCAAUCAGUUACGUAAGCGAAACAUUAUCGUCUCAUCAGCUGCUAUAUGGAUCGUAAGCAUAUUAUUUUCAACAUUUUAUUUCGUGCUACGAUACAAAGCAGGAAUACAGACACCUAGUUCUGUGAUAAUAACAUUUCGUCUUUACCUUAUUAUUGUUCCUGCCCUGCUGAUUAUUAUAUUCCAUGUGAAGAAGAUACAUCGUCUCAAGCGCUCAAUGAGCAAACACAACAUCGAACACAACAUAAUCAAGAUGUCCUUUGUGACGUCAUUAAUUCUAAUCGUGUACAUGUCAUCAGCCGUUCUUUUCCUUGUAUGUUACAUCUUUUCAUUAUAUAGAUUUGAGAGCAAGGAAAAAGAGUUUCUUGUAAUUGCACAACUGGCUUGGUUACUGAAUGCUGUGCUGAGCCCAUUCAUUUAUGUUGUUUCAGCACUGAGCUUUCAUAAAUAUUUCAAAUACAUAUUAACAACUGUUCAAACAAUGAAAUGUCUAUCAGAUUAAAUGAAAGCAGGUAUCUGAUGUUCAUUAUUUGAUAAAGAAUUAGACAUGGUGCGAGCAAAUGAUUAAAGAAUGAAAUCAAUCAAAGACUGUAUACAUGUUUUUCUCUUAUUGUUUCGACAUUACUCGGGUU